AUGAUUGAAUUGAGGAUCAAUGCGACGAAGACACAUUAUCUGCUUGCCGAGGGGCUGCAACACGGAGAGCCCGAUUCGGAAGCAGACAAGCGUUUACGCAAUAUGUCCUUCCUCUAGGUUGGAGAGAUUUUUACUGCUGCCGGUGCCGCAUUCAAUAGCUUAGGAGAGCUAACAAUGCAGCUUCAUCCUUCUUCCGAUUCCCCGACCGGGAGCAAAUGGACAGAUGAAGAAAUAGAGAUGCUUCGAUCCGCAGUCACACGAUUCAGUGAAGAUUUGUGCAAAAUCAGUCAACGCAUCAAGGGACGUACGGUCUCACAAAUUCGACACACGCUCAAGAAAAAAGCGUUCGAAGAUGCAGGAUUGCCGAUGAGACAACUUACACAAGCAGUUCCCACACAAUCACACAAUCAACAACUUCAUGCAAUACAACAGCACCAGCAACAGCAGCAAAUAAUCGUAUCGUCCUCUGCAGUUGCACACUACGAAGAGACGGUAGCGCCCGCGACCGUCAUUACACAUCCAAUGGUGAUCGAAUCGGUUAUAAAAGACGAAAACACCGAUUCCAGCGGGCUUUUGUGUCAAACGGCCGACAUUUCGAUGACACUGAAUCGGCUGAAUACGCAGGAGCACGAGGCAGACGUGGAAGGAAUCGCUUCGGGCGAAAUGAAGCUCGAAUUCGAACCCAGCGCGGAAGAAGUGGCCGGGUGAAACGAGGAUGAUUUUUACUACAGCGAACCGAAAGAUUAAACCCCAGCAA